GCAGACAACACAAAAUCUAGUGACGUCCUUCUCAAAACAUUACAGAAAGGGGCAAAGAAACAGCUGAUUUAAGUUUCCAUAUUUAGAUAUUGUGCCAUAUCCUUUUGUUGUUAUAGGUUGUAUGAAUGGAAAGAAACAUCGAAGUUCUUCAAGGUUUUGUGUAAAACACAGGUACUAGAGUCUGUCUGGUGGUAUGAGAGUGGAAGUAAAUCGAUGUUUAACCAGUCACAGUUGGUGGAUGGUAAGCUGCCAGUGUUUGUGUUUCCAUCGUCUCUGACGUUUUACUCGGACGACCAAUCCACACACAAGCAGGUCCUUACACUCUACAAUCCCUAUGACUUCCCACUUAGAUUCAAAGUGUUAUGUACAACUCCAAGAAAAUACACAGUGGUGGAGGCUGAAGGCACCAUCAAGGAGAAGUGUUGUUGUGAUAUUGUGAUACGACAUAUAGAUAUAUGUAUCAACAAUGAGGGAAUCAAGGAUAAAUUCCGGAUUCAGGUUGUAGAGCAUGGCCAGAGAAAAGUCCUUGGAAGGAAGGAGGUGAUAUCUGUCCUGCUACCAAAGAGGGAAAGCUCACCACCGCCUCCAGAAGAUAAUUUUAUGUCCAUGAAUAUACCUGGACGGGGAAGGGACACUCCACAGCUUGCCAGUUCCUCUCGCCAUGGUCCAGAUGGAAAUGCGCGGACUGGAGGCCCCAGUCUCUUCAUCCUUUUGGCUGCAGUGACCUGUAUUGUGGCCCUUAUGUUGCCUACUCAGGGUGUGGACGGUGAAACCAAUCUUCCUGAAUAUCUCCAUCUAUCUCUACACCAGAAACUUAUAGCAGCUUAUAUAUUAGGUUUGGUCACGAUGGUAGUCCUACAAUCAUGAUAUUUCCCGGAGAACAAGUUUGGUCACUGUGGUAGUCCUACAAUCGUGAUAUUCCCCGGAGAACAGACUUGUAUAUUGUUGCCAACUACGUGUACUUUUAUUCAACUGCUUCACUUGCUAUUGUAAAAUUUAUGUACAAAUCUUCAAAAUGUGACCUAGCAACCUAGUUUCUUUCCUAAACAAUGUUCAUUGUUCAGAGACUCCGACCCCGUCAUUGUCUUAUCCAUCAGAGGGGGUUUAGAGAAUCACUAACCCAUUGUCUUAUCUAUCUUGGUUUACAGAAUCACUUCCCCAUUGUCUUAUCUACCUUGGUUUACAGAAUCACUUCCCUGUCAUCUUGUAUAACAAACAAGAUUUACACUCCCUUCUCUGUUGUCUUAUAUGCAGGUGUAUCAGGAGGAAGUAGCAUACCACCUUAACUCUAAUACAAAUCACAGGUAUAAUGUGUAAGGUAGCUAUCCUUCACUCUAAUACAAAUCACAGGUAUAAUG